UUUAUUACAACAACACCUGUUAUAGAGAGAUACAUUGAGCAAUUCUACAUGAUUUUUCCACCUAUUUAAAGAAAAUUUUUUUCAAGUAUUUUCCAUAAUCACUGAAAUGAUCAAGUUAAUCCUAAUUUUUAUCGUUGCUCUGGCUGCUAUUCAGCAUGUAGACAGUAUUGUGUGUCAACCAAAUACUUGCCAUUUCGUGAAAUGUAUCGACGUUUCUCGUGAAAAUUGCUGUGGACCAAACAAAGAAAUAAGAGAUGGUUUCUGCGGCUGUUGCAAAAUUUGUUUCACCUAUUUAGAUGAAGGAGAGCAAUGUCCACCCAUUUUGUAUGGAGGUGGACCACCAACAUCAGGAUGUAAAAAGGGGUUGAAGUGCAAAGGAGGAAUAUGUUGCAAAUAAUAUUCUUUAUAUUCAACAUACCAAACACCAAUCAUGGUUUCAUAUGAUUUCAUUAAUGAAAUGCAUACAUUUUCAGACUGUAUAACUUAAUUGUUGAGAAAUAAAAUUCUGUUGAUAGAUA